AUGGAGUGCUCGAACGACGAACGUGUCGUGCCGGCGUGGCUGAAUGACGAGUUCUUUCUGGACGUAAUCCGUAGCUUCACGCGGGACUCUGGCACCCGGCUGUGUCACGGUUGCAAGCUACGUCCGGGCACGAAACCGGGCGACCAUUUUGCCAGCGUCAUGUACCGUACGACCAUCCACUACCGGACGUCCGGAAGUCAUGGCAAAGAAGCUGCGCUGGCCGUGAUCAUGAAGAUAAAACCGUUCGAGUCGGGCAUCAAGAAAGACACGCUCGGUGACAGUGACCUGUUCGAGAGGGAAGUGGCCAUCUACAGUAAGGUGCUACCGGAAAUGGCACGGCAUCUGCAGGCGAUGGGCGAAACGCUCAAUUACCCGAGGCUGGUCUAUGCCGCUGAUAAACCACACACGAUUCUCAUCCUCGAGGACGUCAGUGGCAAAGGCUGGACAACGGGACAGUACAUAAAAAAAUUCGAAGAGGUAGUGCCAGCGGUGAAAGCCAUCGCCAAGUUUCACGCAGCUUCGGUGGUUGUGGAGCAGGAAGAUUCUUCUUUCAGGGCCGACCAUAAGUGUGACAUUGGCGGCAAGUUACGAACCCUCGACGGGUUGACAAAGAAAUCGCUAGAGGAACUGUUGGACCUGAUGCGCUCCAGUCCGGAUGAGUUUCCCGAGCAAUUGCUGCAGCCCGUGGAGAAGCUUAAGACAACGCUUCUGGAUGCCCUACUCGAAAGCUAUCAGCCCUCCGUGGGCUGCCAGAAUGUACUCGUUCACGGGGAUUUCCAUUCGAAAAAUCUACUGCACCAGUUCACGGCCGACGGUACGAUCUGCGAUACCAUGCUGAUCGACUUCCAAAUCUGUAGCUGGACAACGCCGAGCGUGGAUUUGCACUACCUACUCGACACGAUCAUCGACCAGUCGCUGAAAGAGACGCAUCGGAAUGAGAUUGUUCACCUGUACUACCAAGAGUUUCGGAGAAUCCUGCAGGGCUUGGGAUACGUGGGCCAGAUACCCCGACUGUGGGAGCUACAGAUUGAGCUGCUUCGAACGGGGGCGCUGGAGCUGUUCCACUACGUAACGCUGUUUCCUUUCCGGUUCAUCGAUCGCUCACAGAUCAACUUCGAGGCGAUGCUGUCGGGCAAGGCGAAGAAUCCCGCGGCCAGCAAUGCCGUUUACCGGAAUGUCAUGAGAACCGUGUUGAAGCGGUUCCUAUACCAGGGCGUGAUGCAAUGAGCUGCGCAAAGUUUCGU